AUGAACCUUAAAAUUACUCAAUUUAUUGCUAUAAAACUGAUCUAAGCAGCUUAUAAGAACUUCAAGUUUUAUCUUGCUAUCGUGCUUCUCUUUGUUAUAUAAUAGCAGUAAACAAAUCUAGGCACAAGCGAUAAUACUAUAGCAGUGAUAGUUUAUUUAAGCUUUUUCAGCUUGAUUCUUUCUAAAGUUUUAGCAUGGAUAUUCCUUUAGGAUUUUACUAAAUUAGCAUAAGCUGCUAUAAAUUUACCUCUACACAUUUCUGGAUUAAUAGACUUCUAUUAUGUCUACACUGAUUCUACCUGUACAAAACCUCACAAUUCGCUGAGAUUCUACAUCUCAAACAUCCUUUCUUUAUUUUGCUUACCUGCAUAUAUAAUUGUGAUCAUUCUCAAUGAUUAUAUCUAUUAAGGAAUAGAAACAUAAAUUAUUUAUACAGUAAUUCUGCUCAGUUCAAUCAAUGAAUUUCUUGUUUAUUUUAUUUAUGGCUUACCAACUGCAUGUAAAAUUAGCAGUAGUAGUGUUUAUUAUUCGCUUAUAUAGAUUUAUGAGAUAGUUACAAGCAUGUCUUUUACUGGACUCCUUAUUUUAAACAUUAGAUAUUCUAUUCCAUUCUUAAUAGCUUAUUUCUCCUACCUUCCUUUAAUGUUUAUUUUACUUCCUUGUGUUUCAAGUACUUUCUACUCAAAUAAUAGACCUAUUAAUUGUGUAGAAAAAGCACUUUACUUCACUACAUUUUGGCUCUGCACAUAUCAAUUUUGCACCAACAGAAUUGUAUCUAAAAAAAAAAUAUUUGCAGAUAUCACUAACAAAACUAACAAAUUCUUGGUUAUUUAUAAAUUCCUCUUCUACUAAUUCCCUUACUUUUUCUUUCUUGCAAACAUGGACAAUAUAAAAGGCUAAGUUUCUAAUUCAAAUCAAAUCAAAGUUUUGUUUGUAAUUGCUACAGUAUGCCAGUUCAAACUUAUUUAUGAUAUUUUAUACUCAUUCUUAGUUAGAGACUAAAAAGAAAUAGUUAUUAAUGAUUCCAACUAGUUAUAAAAGUUGAUUAAAUAGGCUUCAGACAAGACCAACUCUAAUUCUAAACUUGAAAGAAUAAUCAUCAAGAUUCCAUAUUAAUCAAGUGAAGUUUUAAAUCAAAUAUUACAUUUAUGCUUAGGUUUAUACGAAAAAUGUGAAGUGGUAAUCAACAACUCUAAAUGGGGAAGAUUUAAAUAUGAUGAAAAUGAUUAUAAAUAUAAAGUAAAAUUAGAUUGCUUUAAUUUUGACGCUGGCUAAAGCUUAAAAUGUAUAAACGAAAUCAAUGAAAUUUCUGAAAAAAUUCAUUUCUUAAAAAUGAAAUUAUAUACUAAUAAAACUGACAAAUAAUCUUAAUUGAAUUCAACUACUUUAUUAUCUAAAAUCUUCAAUAGCAACAUUCUUUACUUUAAAAUUGAUAACGAUUUAAAAGAUGAUUCUUUCUAUUAGCUUAUUUAACAGUACUAAAGUGAUUAACUAAAGGGAGUUAUUCAUUUUCUCGUUUUUAAGUAUUAAAUAUCUGCUUACUUAACAGUUAAUCCUGCUUAUGUUUAUUUUGAUUUAUUUGAUAAGUGA